AUGUCGAUAGAGUCACGUCCAGAUUUGCUUAAGCAUUAUCUUAAGCUAGACCAAGGCAAGAAGAUUCAAGCCGAAUAUAUCUGGAUUGACGGUGACGGUGAAUUUCGUAGCAAGACUACUACUUGUGACCAGAAAAUCAACGAUAUUAAAGAACUCAAAGAAUGGAAUUUCGACGGUAGUUCGACAAACCAAGCACCAGGACACGAUAGUGAUAUUUAUUUACGCCCGGCUGCGUUCUACAGAGAUCCAUUCCGCGGAGGUGACAACAUUCUGGUAAUUGCCGAAUGCUACAACAGUGACGGUACACCAAACAAGACCAACUACCGCCACCACGCUAAGAAAACUAUGGACCUCGCCAAGGGCGAAGAACCUUGGUUCGGUAUUGAGCAAGAAUACACCAUCCUCGACACAGACAAUUAUCCACUUGGAUGGCCAAAGGGUGGUUUCCCUGCCCCACAAGGACCUUAUUACUGUGGUGUUGGUGCUGGAAAGAUCUUUGCCCGUGAUCUCAUCGAAGCACACUAUCGCGCUUGUUUGUAUGCUGGAAUCAAGAUUUCUGGUAUAAAUGCUGAAGUUAUGCCAUCACAAUGGGAAUUCCAAGUUGGUCCAUGUUCUGGUAUUGAAAUGGGAGACCAGCUCAUGCUCGCAAGAUUUAUCUUACAUCGUAUGUCUGAAGAUUGGAACGUCAAGAUCACUUUCCAUCCAAAGCUCUUCCCUAAGAUGGAUCUCGCAGGUAGCGGGGCUCACGUAAACUUCUCAGUGAAUUCCACGAGAAUGCCAGGUACUGGUAUGAAAGCUAUUGAAACAAUGAUCAAGAAGCUUGAAGGCAAGCACAUCGAGCAUAUCGCUGCAUACGGAGAGGGCAAUGAACUCCGCUUAACCGGCAAGAAUGAGACUGGUAAAAUUACUGAAUUCUCAUCUGGUGUCGCUAAUCGUGGCUGCUCAAUCCGUAUCCCUCGUCACGUAGCUGAACAAGGGUAUGGCUACUUUGAGGAUCGUCGUCCAGCUUCAAAUAUUGAUCCGUACCGUGUUACUGGUUUACUCGUCGAGACCACUCUCUUGGACUAG